AUGACACUCACGAAGAAGCGGGAGCGAAAAGGCAGGAGGAGCCGCACGCAACGUCCACUGCCCAUGGAGCCCGCCAUCGACACAGCUACAAACACCUCCCUCCAAUCAUCUGGACUGGAGACAGACCGAGUUCUCUCCACAAUGGUUCACCCCAACAAGGAAACAGUGUUUCAGUUCGGAAUGCCGAACUCGAUGCAACCUAAAAGUGUUUGGGACAACCCAGAAACGACACUGGCCGCAUUCCAACAACCCGUCUCUGGACCCGGUUUCGCGUCCUACGAUGAAUUGUCUAAUGGUUUCCCGACCAGUUUCCUCAAGCGUGACCAGACCAACGAGCGCCAACCAUCGUUUGGUAGACCCCGUUCGCCCUCGGAGAACGAGCAAAAUAUCGUGCAGGCAAAAGAUGGCAGCGAACUACACCAGACUCCAGACAAUGAUUGGCAUCUUAAGUGGCAGCUUCAAGUACGUGACGAUCGUAUCAAGUUCAAGGACCAGCAAAUUGCGCAGCUUAAAGCUGAGGCCGAAAAGGAGUCACAAGAUCAUAAACUUCAGAUGGAGGAGCUAAACGAAGCCAACAUAAGAUUGGAAGUCCGGAUCAAGAGUGAGGAAUAUGUUCGGGAUAGCUUGAGAGGACAUAUCAAGAAGCUUGAGCAACAGUUGAAAGAUGCGGUCAACGUUAAAGAUCAGAAGGAGGACAUGCUUCGUCAACUGGAUUUGGACCUUCGCAUCCUCCACAACAAUUAUGUCAACUUGAGGAUGGAAAACCGAGCACUCAUGGACCGCACAUUCGCCGACUAUCUGUUGGCAAAAUUGCGAACACCCACGGCAGAUGGACAGGUGCUGACUCGUCUCUUGAACCUCAUCUAUCAAGCCGUUGCAGGGCCAGUGCCGCACCAACUUAUCCAACUUCGAAACAUUGAGAGCAGCCCAUUCCCCUUCAUGAGGCUCCCAGGAGAAUUACGCAAUAUGAUUUACAGGCAGUGCCUUGUCCUUGGACGCCCGAUUGAUCUGUGGCCUUUAUUACCGUAUAAUGCUCCCGCAGGAACCACCAAGCUCAGCCUCAUCGAGCGCGACUUGAAACAUAUCAAUGUUUCCUUGCUUCGAGUCUCUCGCCGUGUCAAUCAGGAAGCAACCCCGGUGCUCUACGGUUGCAACCGGUUCCGGUUCUCAGAUAGUAAAGGCUGGACAAUCGCCCUUGGAUUCCUGCGCAGCAUCCAUCGCAACUUCCAAUACUUGACGAACAUCUCUGUUCCUUACCCUGACGAAGGCGGUAUAUUUCUUGUCAAUCGGGAGUCUGGCGCUGCCCCUGGGAAGCAGAUGAAGGAAGAGAUGCGCGUCUUACUACGGCGAUUUGGAUACAUUGGCCUCGACACUGCAAACGGAUUAUCGAGUAGGGACAUAUUGGUACAUGAGGAAGUCCAAAAGAUCCUGGUAGAUCUCCCAGCCAUCAAGAGCUUGUCGAUGAUAGUGCCCCACAACCUACGUCUCCAUCGUGAGGCUUUUUCUUUUCUCCUCCCGCUCAUGAAUGGAGAUCAUUGGAUAAGCUAUGAUUGGUCAAGCUCAAAUGAAGAUGGGGGGCCUGUACGUUGGGAGGACAUAGGGCGAGGAGAAAACCGUGAACGCUCGUUCAUUUUCAUUCGCAGGAAUCCAGACUAUCAGGCUCGAAAUCCGUUGAAUCGUAAUCGAGAUCUCGACGAUGAUGUUCGGAUGGGUCGAGCACUGCUUGGGAAGGUGGCCGUGGCUUGGGGUGCCAAUAUCAAGUACGCCGAGUACGGAAGUAUGGAAGAUGGAAUGUCAUACGUCGUUGAGGGAGGGGAGGAUAGGACUGAUAUCGACUUGCAUCCGGGAGAUCCAGAGGAUCCCGGUCGUCGCCCGAUGUUCUCACUUCCGGACUUCACCUCGAUCUUCAGGAGGAUGUAA